AAGCCACACUACAACAUACAUUUUGCUCCCUCCCUUUCUUCUCCUCCCUCUUUUCUUCUCCUCCCUCCUCUCCCUUUCACCUCCUUCGAUCAAUUAAAAAAAAAAAAAAAAAAAAUCCUGAUCAAAACCCAAAAUCACAGUCCAACCAACCCCACCUCUCAAUCAUAUAAACCCUAACAAGCUCUCGUAGCUUCCUCCCAUUUACUCGUAUAAAAAAUAAAUACACUCAAUAUCUAUUAUUUUAAUAAAAAUAGCCCAUACUUGAUUAUUUUUUUUACAUAUAUAUUUAUAUUUAUAAGGAGGAGAGGGGGUUGGUGUUGGUGAGAGUGAAGAUGAGCGGUGGUGGGGUUAGGGUUUCAAUCCCGAGCAACGCGAGGAAGACGAUCCAGAACAUCAAGGAGAUCGCAGGAAAUCACAGUGACGAGGAGAUUUAUGCAAUGCUCAAGGAGUGCUCUAUGGAUCCCAAUGAAACCGCUCAAAAACUUCUCUCUCAAGAUCCAUUUCACGAAGUCAAAAGGAAGCGUGACAGGAAAAAAGAGAAUGCGCACAACAGAGAGUCUGGAGAUUCUCGAUGGAGGUCUGGUUCACAGGGGCGGGUGAGUAGAGGCAGUCGCACGAUCUUCUCACCUCGUCGCACAGCACAUGAUACUGGUGGUGGAAGGAACUCUGCUGCUGGAAGGGACAAUGGAAUCAGCCAUGCUGCAGAGAAGGGCACUGGCUCUUCUUUGUCAGCCUCAGAAGAGAAAAGCAAAGAAACUACUGCAUCAGCAAGCUUGUCUGCAGUUGUGGCCAAUGGUCCAACUGGUGUAGUUUCUGGAAACUCUAGUGCAACCCAUGCCUCAAAUUUACCUACAGGAAGCGAUCAACAUGAAGUGGCUCCGUCACCUAUUGGUGUUAAUAAUGUGGGAAAGGAAGUGUCCCGCAUUGAUGUUGAUAAUACCCCAACUAUUGCAUUUGGAACUGGGGACACAUGCAAGGAGUCCGUGCCAAGCUCUAGUAACUCCUCCAUGUCUGUGACUCCAGCAUCUUCAUCAACAGUCUGCUUCUCAUUGUCAGAUCCUGUACUGAUACCUUCUAAUGAAUUGCAUCCUCCUGGUACUGUGGGUGCAAUUAAACGUGAAGUGGGGAUUCAUCGAACUGUGGGUGAAUCAAAUGCAGUUAUUCCUUCGGAGAAAUCAGCUUCCGAGAUUGGCCUUCCAUUUAUGCAAGGGAAGCUGCCAAGCAAAAACCAAGGAGUUGGGAAGAACCAGCUCAGCGAGUCUUCCCAGCCUUCAUCUGCAUCAAUCCAGGGUGGCUCUUCUGGCAGCCGGCCUUCCUCUAACUACAGUAGCAGGUCACAACAAAUUGGCCCACAAAAAGUUGGCUCUAAUAAAGAGUGGAAACCAAAGUCCACAAACCCUAAUGUAGCACAGGAGUCUGGAACAGCGGGUUUAUCUGCCAUCUCUAAUAUUCCACUUGAAGCCAGUGGCCAUUCACAGCCCUCAUCAGGUGUCUUUGAUUCAGAAGAAGCAACUGCUAAACUGCAGAAGAAGCUGGAGGAGUUGCAUCUUCCCCAGCGUCAAAAUGUUAUCAUUCCUCACCAUAUCCAUGUUCCUGAAUCUGAGAGAACAAAAUUGAGUUUUGGAAGUUUUGAUGCUAGUUUUGGGGUGCCAUCAUGCCAUGUUAGCCCCCCCGAGAGUGAUAAGAGUUCCACACCUGUGUCUGAAACUUCUCAGGUUAUUGAAGAAUCUGUGGAGGAACAAGCUCAAAGCAAACAAAAUACACUGUUGACUGCUGAGGAGGGAAAUUAUCCUGAUCAUCCACAGUCGCCUUCACAUGUCCCUGGAAAAUUAUCAGCUGAGGGUGAUGUUUCAUCCAAUGCAGUGCCUGAUUAUGAGUCCAAACAGGAGGCUGCAUUGUUGUCUGGAGGCCAUCAAUACUCGGUGGUUCAUACUUCUCCAAGCUACAGUUUUGGAUUUGUUCCUCCAAUGUUAGGUAGUCAGAUUGCACCAUUUGAGAACUCAGAAUCUCAAGCACGUGAUGUUUCUCGCCUUCCCAGCUUUGUGGUCCAGCAACCAUUUGACCCUACAAGUUAUUACGCCCAAUUUUAUCGUUCAAGUGCUGAUAGUGAUGGUCACGUUUCUCCCUUUCCUGCACCUGGAGUUGCAUCCAAGUACAAUGGAAAUGUUGCAGUAUUGCCUCCUCAUACUUCUCAGUCUCUCCAAGAGGGUGGGAAUUCUUUAGUUCUUUCCACUGCUGGUCCCACUCCUCUGGUGACCCAAGCACCUGGGCUCAUGCAAACUCAGCAACCUGUCCCUGUCUUCCGUCCACCGACUGGGUUGCACAUAUCCCAUUUCCCCCCGAACUACAUCCCAUAUGCCCCCUACUUCUCCCCUUAUUAUGUCCCUCCUCCAAGCAUCCACCAAUUCUUAAGCAAUGGUGCAUUCCCACAGCAACCUCAAGCUGGCAGUGUGUAUCCUGCACCAGCAUCUGCAGCAGCCACAGGGGUCAAAUAUUCACUGCCGCAAUACAAACCUGGAACUAACACAGUAAAUGCAACUCACAUUGGAAUGCCAAGUGGUUAUGGACCAUAUGGUUCCUCUCCUACAGGUUAUAAUCCCAAUUCUGCGGUGACGGGAGGAAACACAACCACAAAUGAGGAUCUUGGUGCAUCUCAGUUCAAGGAAAAUAAUGUUUACAUUACCGGGCAGCAGAGUAGUGAGGGUUCGGCUGUGUGGAUUGCUGCUCCUGGCCGAGACAUAUCUGGCUUGCCAGCAAGUUCCUUCUACAACCUUCCUCCUCAAGGUCAGCAUGUGACUUCUGCACCAACUCAGGCUGCCCAUGGCACCUAUACCAAUAUCUAUCACCCUGGGCAACCAGUGACCGCAGCAGCUGUUCACCCACUCCUGCAACAGUCUCAGGCCAUGGGUGGAGCUGUUGAUAUGGUAGGACCUGCAGCCAAUGUUUACCAGCAGCCCCAGCAUCAACAGAUCAACUGGCCUGGCAACUACUGAAACAUGGAUAAAACAAUUCUUUUUGUAUACGAGGGAAUCAAGUCCAAUCUUGGGAUAUUUUUUGGGAACUCCAACAAGUUUGGAUGGAGGUCAGCAGCAAGAUGAUACAACGUUGGCUGGAUUUGAGAGUGUAAAUCUUAAAAAAAAAAGGGGACUGGAAAUCUGCCAAUAGUAUCAUCUAAUUGCUUAGAUUGAGAGCAUAAAAGGUGCAGUUCGCAUGUAACUGAUAUUGACCAUUUUAAGUUAGUGGAGGUAGGCAUGUGCAGGUCUGUCCUUUUCUUGUUGCAGCCAUGUGGUUUUACCAUUUUUCCUUGUCAUAGUUUCAAGUCUUUUUCUCUCCCCGUUUUAUUUUGAAGUCGUUGAACUAUUUUUUAGGGUUUUACUGUUGAGUGGUGAGAAUCCUUUUCAAUUCUUUCUUAUGUCGAGGUUAUUUUAGAGCUCUGGAAAGGCAAGACAGGCUGGUGGAGAAUCGUUCCAAGUCCCUUUUUUUUUUCUCGUCGACCGUCCGCUGUCUUAUAUGUAAAGUGAUUUUUGAUAACAAGAAGGAGGAUGUAUUGAACUGUUGUAAUUCGUAUAAGAAAAAAAAUAACAACAUUCUAUUGUUUCAA